ACUUACACCAAUACACAGAAAUCUGCUUACAUUAGUACACUUAAACGCACACAAACAUUCAUAUAGCAUCAAUGGAGAAGAUCUCAAAUUUGCUAGAAGACAAGCCAGUGGUGAUAUUCAGCAAAACUUCAUGCUGUAUGAGCCACACUAUCAAGUUGCUAAUAUCUGGCUACGGUGCGAAUCCAACGGUAUACGAACUAGAUGAGAUGUCUAAUGGACCAGAGAUCGAACGAGCACUGGUCGAGCUUGGAUGCAAACCCACCGUGCCAACUGUUUUUAUAGGGCAACAGCUCACAGGUGGUGCAAAUCAGCUUAUGUCUCUUCAAGUCAGGAACCAGCUAGGUGCGUUGCUCAGAAGAGCUGGUGCCAUAUGGAUUUAAGUGGCCUUAAUCGUAACUAAGCGCGUAAUGUUUAUACUUAUAUAUUUUUAGUAUAGAGUGUGAUCAGCGUUUGAAGCAUAAUAUAUAUAGUAAUUACAAGAAAACUAUUUAGCGUCAAUCUGAAUACUAGAGAAACAAAAUAAAAUAAAUUAGCGAUUUGAUCCAACUUCUCUUGUGUUUUGAAUGCAAUCGAAGUUGUUAAGAAUUAAGAUUGUAUUUGCAUAAUAAGUAUUUACAUGAGUACAUUAUAGUUAAAUGGUAUCGAUCGGUUUAUUACUUUAUUAUGAUAAGUAUGCCUUGUGCUUUGUGCAACGUUUAUAACUAGGCUGUGCAAAGGUCUUUAUAUUGUACGAUGCAU